AUGGACGACUCCGAAAUGGACCCUGAAAUGGCCGCCUUCAUGGGCUUUUCCUCUUUCGGUACUCAACCAGCUGCGAAGAAGCGCAAAUACAAUCACCGUACAGAUGCCGUCUCCGCCUCAGCACCCGUCGACAACUCCGCCGCCGCGACCGGCGCGAACCAAGUCGCCGUCGUACCCCGUGCGCCUCCUCCUGCCCCGAAGCCAACCGCAGCCGGCGCCAACACCGACGAGAUAGCCCUCGACUCCGACUCUGAUGCUGCCGCUAAGGAAGAAGAAGAAAAAGAUGAGGACGAAGGUGGCGCGAGUCUCUAUAACGACAGCAGUGUGGCGCCAGCCCUUGCACACGCGCAGGGGCUGAUAGACGAAUUGGCCAUGCGUGGAGGUUUUGGGUCAGGACCUGGUACGGGUGACGCUCCGCCAGCGCUGAGCACCGCAUCUGCACCGUCAUUACCUAAACGUCCUGAUGCGUCGUGGGGUAAGGAGAUGGGUUCGGCGCCCACGAGCAUGCCAGUAUGGAACCAGGCCGGCUCUGAACAGCCCCAAUCUGGGUUCCGUGGUCGGAAUCAACAUCGUCAUCAACAUGGACAACGGGACGACGGAAAGCCCUGGUAUGAGGGAUACUACGACCCCAAAUCCAACGAGAACCCGUGGGAAAGGCUUGAGAAGGCGGCUGGGGUGGAGUCAAGGGGGUCCUGGAUCGCCAGGGGACAGGCACAGUCGGCUUGA